AUGGACGAAGGAGAAAAGCUCCAUCAACGAUUCGGCAAGAGGCGAAUUAACCCCACCACCUUGCCUCCCGUAUCGAUUGACGAGCGCAUCGUACCGUCUCUCGCAGCCCGCUCAACAGACAAGCAACAGCCCGUCAUAUUCGGCUCCUUCGUUCUCUCCGCUUUCACCCGCUGGUUUGGACUGAACAAAUACCGAGUUCACGUUCCAUGGACUCAAUAUAUCGCCCAGCGUAUAGGCCAGAGCCCCGCAUUCGAUGCGGCUGUCUACUGUGUCAAUUCAAUGCACAUGGGCCAUGUACAUGAGGAUACAAGGCUUCAACGCUCUAGCCGCGAGGUAUACAGCAAGGCGCUGCGGCUAUUUGGAGAUCGAAUCUGCGACCCCGAUUCGAUGAAAUCCUCUGAGAGCGUGAGCAUCACCAUCGCACUCAGUCUUUUCGAAGCAUACUCCCGUACAGAUUCCGACUCUUGGGCCCGCCAUGCCGCCGGUACAGCCCUGCUCAUGGCGCAUCGCGGUCCUGCCGCCCAUCUCACCGGUUUCGAUCGUUGCCUGUACCUAUCCUUCCGUAGCUUCCUCGUUGCCGAAGCCUUCGUCAAUGGCCGACGAUGUAUCUUCGAGAGACCAGAGUGGCAGGCGCAUAUUGACCAAGUGAGAUGGGAGGAUAUGGCUUCUCCACGGGUUGAUGAAGCCAUUGCAUUAUUUAUCGACCUACAAGACCGUAUCUUUAUGGAAGUCUCCAAGGUGCCCGGUCUCCUGUACCUGGCGCGCAGACUGCAUACUACGCCAAAUCCUCAGAAAGCAGCUCGCCGACUAGCAGCCCAAGUACAGUGCAGUGACCAGGCACUGCAUGCACUUUCUGCACAGCUGCGUCUAGCUGCGACGGUGGAAACUUAUCAGUGCGUCAACAACGCAACCGCCGACGACAGUGACAAGGGUGCUUUCAUCGGCCCCAUCCCAUCCACCUUCCCGCAGGAUUUUGCCAAUAGUGUCCUACGUGGCACAGAUAACUGUUCCUAUAUACUUCGCCUCGUGCUCGAUUUUCUCCAAAACUAUGAAGUGCAGAACUUUACGUCUAGUCCAGAGUGUAAAACAGAGACCCAAAUAUCAGACCCUUUGCCGUUCCGCUUCGUCUCGAAAUUGGCGUAUGGGAAUGCGGACUCGGGGUCGUCGGGUCAUGGGCAUGAUCUGCCCCCUCCAGAAAAAUGGCUCGACUUGGUGGCUGCGUCGAUGGGACUGGAGGCAUUUGUGGUGGUCACAUGUGCAAUUGAGACACCUGGCUCGACUGACGGGUUAGAGGAGACGGGGUCGUGGAGUGGGACUGUGAUGUUACGAUGA